AUGAGGAUAUCAAUACCGUCUAUCCCGGAACAGGCGGCUAGGAAGCUGGUUCAACAUAGCGUUGACCAUGCAUCAAACCUUGUAGCCGAAUUUGUGUCGGCCGCCAAAGGCAAGGCGCUGAUCAUGACGGGAGCAGGUAUCUCUGUCGACUCUGGUAUAGCACCGUAUCGAGGGGAGAAUGGCCAUUAUACGAUUCAUAAACAUUAUAGGCCGAUCUUCUACCACGAGUUUGUCGACGCUUCCGACAAAGGACAUCUGGCGCGGCAACGAUACUUCUCAAGGUCGUUCCUUGGCUUCCCCACAGUGCGUGUUGCUCAAGCCAACAAAGGGCAUUACAGUAUUGCAGCAAUACAGCGUUUAGGGUACGUUCCCGAAUACAUCACACAGAACGUCGACAAUCUUCACCAUGCAGCAACACCUUCAGCAUCGCUUGCGGCAAGUACAAUAUUGGAAUUGCACGGGACGCUCAAGCAUGUAGUAUGCGUAUCGAGUCCAGAAGGCUACCGUAAAGACGAGCACAAAGGCCCAAUCAAUCCCGAGUUCUACGAUGCGCUCACGUCAACUUGGUAUCUGAGAGGACCAAGAGCCGUGACACUUCGCGAGGAAAACACACCAUCCGGGUCAGCAUACCCAGCAGGGUGCUCGUUUCGAGGAUCGCGCGCAGUGUUCCAAGACGAAUUGACGCGACUCAAUCCAGCAUGGGCUCAACUACAGCGCGAGAUGGCCGAGACGGGCAAGUCUCCGAAAACCAAUCCCGACGGCGACGUGGAACUGCACAACGUCGAUUACAGCACGUUCAACUACCCAGCUUGCCCCAACUGCGGCGGAGUGUUGAAACCGGCGGUCAUCUUCUUUGGAGAAUCUGUGCCGGACAAGCUGCGAGAUCAUUCGUACGAGAUGGUCGAGAACGCCAACGCUAUGCUGUUGAUCGGCACGAGUCUUGCCACUUACUCGGCGUUUCGGCUGGUCAAGCAAGCAGUGGAACAGAACAAGCCCGUCAUGGUCCUGAAUCGUGGGCCAACCAGAGCUGACGGCAUCCUACCCGAAUCGGCAAAGAUCGAGUUAGGUUCGUCUGAAGUCUUGUCGAAAGUAGCACACUUGCUGUCAAACGGCCGCCAACACAAGGAUGUUGUCUUGCAGAGUUUGCUCACUUCUGGAGUCACGAUUCGGCCAAACGAAGCAAGCGGCGUGAUCAGCAGUUGA